AUGCCUUUUGCAAAGUCCGAUAAAAUCAUCAUCGUUGGUGCCGGAGUAUAUGGUCUCUCUACUGCUCUUGCUUUCCUCGAAUCUGGAUUCACCGACAUCCACGUAUUUGACAAAAAUGACUAUUUCAACCAAUCCUACUCGUAUUUCAAAGGAUGUGAUAGUGCUUCUUCCGAUAUGAACAAAAUCUUCCGUGCCUCUUAUGGUGAUCAGGUCCAUUAUCAAAAGAUGGCCCUUGCUAGCAGAGACACUUUCCUCAAAUGGAACGAGAUGAUUAAAAAGGAAAACUGGGAAGGCGGUGAGCCUGUGUAUAUCAACUCCGGUAACAUCCACUUGACCGAUUUAAAGACUUUGCCACCAUUUGAACAAGCGACCUUGAAAUCCAUGGGUGAUGAAGCCAUUUGUGUUGCUGAUGCCGAUGCUGAGGAAAAAGCCAUGAAAAAAGGUUUGCCUAAAGCUUCAGUAGAUCCGUUUUUGGCGAAGGAAAGAGGUCUCCAUUUACAAGGUAUUGUCGAUACCACCGGGGGGAUCAUGGUGGCUGAAAAAAUGUGUCGUUGGGUAUUGACUUUAUGUCAACGUGUUGGAGGUUCUUCUUUCCAUCCUCAUUUUGGCAAGAAAUCCGGAGAAAUCCAAACUUUAUUGAUGGAAUACAACAAGACUACCGGUGGUAAGAAAUGUGUGGGGAUCAAGACCAAGAAUGGCGAGGUUCAUUUCUCCAAAACCGUGGUGGUGCUUUCCGGGGCCUGGACCGCACAAAUUGUUCCUGAAGCCGGGGAAAAAGUUGAGGCCACUGGGGGGACCGUGGCGUUGUUCAAAGUCGAUGAUCCAAAACAUCUUGAGAGAUUCUCGCCAAAUAAUUUCCCUGCCUGGACUUAUAAAGUCCGUGAUGGGGCCAUGGGGGGUCUUUAUGGAUUCCCGGUGAACCAAGGAUACAUGAAGAUCGGGUACCGUGGAACCAAAUGGAUUAAUCCAUCGGGUAAUGUCAACUCCAAGGUGAAGACCGCGUACACCGAAGAUAGAGAAACCAACGUUCCGUUAUUUGGCUUGACGUUGAUCAAGAAUUUCGUUCGUGAACACCUUCCUGAACUCGAUAGAAUUUCUAAGACCAGACUCUGUUGGUACUCGGAUACUUGCGAUAACGAUUUCUUGAUCUCUUAUUGUCCAUAUUACGAAGACAAUUCGUUGUUUGUUGGGUGUGGCGAUUCAGGUCAUGCGUUCAUGAUGUUUGGUGUUAUAGGCAAAGUCAUCAAGGAUACCAUUUUGGGUGAAGGGGAUGAGUUCUUGAGGGAUUUGUUCAGUUGGGAAAGAGAAAGAGUCAAGUUGAAUAUCAUGAACAUGGGGGAUAAUGAUGCUAGAGCUUUGCAUCAUUUGAGAAUGGCUUCUCCAAAAGACUGGAUCAUAAAUCCAGCCAAGAUGUGA